UUUCGUAACUUGCAAAGUAAUUGGAGAGAAUGUUCGACCAAAACGUUUCGAUUCAGUGUUUUCGUUGCUUUUUGACUGGUUCUUUGGGUUAUUUCAAUGACUUAUUCCUACUUUUCUGGGCCAAUCACAGUUCACGACACAGUGGCAAACACCAAUGAGAAUGCGUCUCUUUUACAGCGGCGUCGAGAACUCCGAAAAUGUAUCCGUGCUGCGACAUGUGACUUGAAUCAGCUGUUUCAGACAGAUUGCUGUCAAAACCAAAUGCAAACUUGAGAUUGCUUAAUUAAGAUCACUUCGAACAUCUUCUUGGACGUGAGACGUUGGUCAGGACUACUUGUACUGUUUUAAGUUGUGAUAGGCUGUGUAGAAGAAAACCUGACAGUUACCAUGAAUAUAAUCAAAAGAUAACUAACGCUGAGCUUCGUAGAUUGGUAAAAUGAACAAAAAUAUGAAUUCCCCGUCAAAAUUGACGGAAUUUGCUCCACUGAGUCCAGAAGAGAAUCAGCCAGUCGUUGCAUCUCUCUUCUCUAAGUUGUUCAACUUUACCAAAGGGUCGUUGUCCAAUGAUGGCUCGGCAACCUCUCCUAACAAUGAUGAACAAAGCUCUUCCGGAGAAUCAGAAUCAUGGAAACAAUCUGAUAGUGUGGAAAAAACUCCAGAUGAAGAUACCUCGAGCGUUAUGAAUUUGCCACUGGACACUAUUGAAGGACGUAGCCUGCCUAAUGUUCUAAAGCGUAUCAGUAACAUUGUAGCGCUAAAAAGCAGUAAUUUACAAUCUUACAAGGAUACGCAACUCAGGAGUUACUGGAUGCCAGAUAGCGUCAGUAAACAAUGUUACGAGUGCGGCGAACGCUUCACAACUUUUCGUAGAAGACAUCAUUGCCGCGUAUGUGGCCAAAUCUUUUGUUCAAGAUGUUGUUCUGAAGUGAUUCCUGGAAAGAUCAUGGGUUGUACUGGUGACUUGCGAGUAUGCACUUACUGUUGCAAAGUUGUUUUGUCCUAUUUACAAUCUUCCGACAUGGGUGCUGACCUGACAGCAGAUCUCAAAGCGUUACAAGAAGACUUACAAGUUAAGUAUGGAAAUGAUAUACCACAGGCAGCUCAGAGAAAUGUCAACGAUGAUACAGACCCUGAGAUCCAAGUCAGAAGAAAGACCAGCGUUGGAUACAUGGAAGAAAAAUAUGCUUUGGGAUGCGCUUCAACAGGAUACUUGUCGUCCGAAGAACGAACUAUGGCUUUACAAAACUCAGCGUCUCUGAGAAUGAUUUACGAAGAAAUAUUCCGUUCUAGUCAGGCUAUCAUAUUACAAACUCACCGACUCAGGCUGCGGAGUUACCCUAAUUGCUGUCUGGGUAGCGAGCUAGUUGAUUGGAUGAUAGCUCAAAAUAAAGCUGCAACUCGUGUCCAGGCAACAGCGAUCGGUCAAGCGAUGCUAGAAGCAGGAUUUAUAGAGUGUGUGCUAACGGAAAAUGUGUUCACGGAUGGUCCAACAAUAUUCAAACCAUUGAAACCAGCCAGAGUCCAAACGAAUUCAGAUUUCUCAGCAGACAAGCGAACAACUUGCGACGCACAAGAGCCUGCCUGGGUGAAAACUAUUCCUCAACACGAUUCAACUACAGAUUCCGAAAGCGAAACUAAGCAACCGAACUCAAUGUUUUCUACAAUUGGCCGUAUGCCAUCAUCCAGUUCAAGUUUUUACUUGGAUUUAAAUCUGGAAGCUUCGACGGUGACAUUGAAACGUCCGACGUCUGAAGAAUUAAGUGUACUUUCAGUUGAUAGUAUUGACAACUUGGUUGAAAAAAAAGAAGUCAAUUUUACAGCACAUGAAUGUAACUCCGGUGUUCCAGACGAAUUAUUAAAGGAUACACUUCAUGUUCAGGACUACAAAGAAAAAAAUAGUUGGCAUAAAUCAAAUAACUUGAAAACUGCUUUCGGUGAAAGCAAUGCUUACAAUAGAUUGGAAACUGCUUACAAACAACACGAAGAUUCGUUACUCAAACAACUUUUGAACAAAGAAGGCUUGGCUCAAAGCUGGUCAGAAACAAUCCUUCCUAUAGCGCAUCAAAUUGUUGAUCAAGUUAGGCCAAAUCUCAACCAUGACGCCGACGACAUGGAUAUCAGACAGUACAUUCAAAUAAAAAAGGUACCUGGUGGCAACAGAAAUGAGUGCGGCAUCAUAUCUGGCUUGAUUUGUAGUAAGAAUGUUGCUCAUCGAGGCAUGAACGCGAUGAUAGCCCAUCCGAAAAUUCUACUGCUACAAUGUGGUUUGACAUACCAACGUGUCGAAGGAAAAUUACUGAGCUUAGAGCCAGUUAUGUUACAGGAAAAUGAAUACCUAGGUCACACGGUUGCACGAAUAACAGCACUUGGCCCAGACAUUGUGUUGGUCCAUCGAUCCGUAUCUAGAUUAGCUCAAGAUCGACUGAAAGACUGUGGUGUUACUUUGGUCUUGAACGUGAAGCUGAGUAUCCUUGAGAGAGUGGCGCGAUGUACCGGAGCAAAUAUUGUUAAUAGCGUGGAUGCCCAUAUAGCAGGGCGGUAUCGUCUUGGCACGUGCCAAAAGUUCUACCUUAGGAAUUUCCCAAACGAAAACAAUGGAGUGAAAACGUUAAUGUUUUUUGAAGGGUGUGCAAAUUCGCAUUUAGGGUCUACUAUAUUAUUGCGCGGAGGAUCUCAGAACGAAUUGAAAAAAGUUAAAAAGGUAACAUUGAUGAUGAUCUUUUCUGCUUACUCGUGGCGAAUGGAAAAAUCAUUCCUCAUGGACGAAUUUGCCAGACCUCCAUCGCCGAAAGCUGAUGCAUUUCUGGACGAAAAUUCACCUAAGAAUUCAGUCGAUAAUGCUGACGAACCGGAAGAUGUGUUGAGUAUAGAAAGAAAUGUUGACAGUAUCCAAAUAAACAUGUUCCCAGAGAACUAUGCUACUGCAAAUGAUAUUAGCAAAAACGAAUUUUCAAAAGGCGACUUUGUCUUCGAUAAAGACAGAGAUCUACCAUUUGAAGUCAGUAGAAAAAAUGAUGAAAGUGAGACUCAAGAUAUUGACAAUCCAUUAUUUAGUCCCGAUACUUUCAAACAAGGUUCCACAAUACUAAAACAAGAUUCAGAUCCAUACGAUACUCUGAAAUUAUUCAAAUCUAAAUCGAAAUCAGUUGCAUCUCGUGAUAAAAAUAAUGAAACUUCCAGCAGGUAUGGAAGCAAUUCUAUUGAACAAAUUAUAAGAGAUUCUGAACAGUUUGCCACAGCAAGUGAACAAAAUAUAGCUACAGAGCCGAUCAAAAGCAAUACCAAACCUCAUAAUGCUAGCGAAAUAAAUCUGAUAAACAAAGAAUAUAAAACUGAUGAUGUUGCAAUGGAAAUGAAUUAUCCUAAAUCUGACGAUGAAAUGAGUGAAAAAGUCAAAUUAAAAGAUAAAGCGGCGUGCGAAGAAAAACGUACUUAUAGUAAAUCUGUCAGUGAUCACAGCGAUCCACUGCAUCAGUAUUUAAAUGAAGAGAACGAUGUUUUCAAUGAAGCUAACUUAACCGUUCAGCAAUUGAGCGUUGCUGAUUUACCAUUAUCCAAUAAGUUCAAAAAAGCAUUAGACGAUACAAUACUCAGCGUAUCUCCAUAUUUAACAUUUUCCAUACCCUACCUAGAAACGGAACCAGGACGGAAUUGUACACUCAGACAAUUUUUUCCCAAAGAAAUAUAUCAUUCCAUGCAAUUCACAGAUAAAGUCGAAGGCGUUAGGUCAAACAGUAUAUCUGCGGAAUGUGGGCAUCAAGAUAAUCAAAUGAUGAAUUUGAGAUUGAAACCGCCUCAUGCUUUUGUUGGGACUAAUAUAACUAACAGUGCGGACAGCCGGGAAGUUCAAACACUUUUGGCUAACUUCCGAGCAUGCGGAAGUCGAAUAUAUCCUACAAAUAAUGUUAUAAUGGAUAUGAAACCAACUGUGGUGCCGAACGACAGAAAUGAUCACAUUGCCAAACGGCUCGACUGCCUGGAUCCCUUGACACAUCAGAGGUUAUCCGUUCUGUUUUGCAGUUUUUCUCACAGCAGCAACACUACUCCAGCAUUUUGCGUAAACCCUUGGGUAGUGAACAUGGAUUUGUAUGGUAGAAACGACAUUGCUUUGGGGCUUUUCCUCGAACGUUACUGUUUAACAACCGAAUACAUGUGUCCAGCACAAGCAUGCAGGGCACAAAUAGCUCAGCAUGCUCGAAGAUUCACUCACGAAGGAGGCUGUGUUCAUAUCGGUUUAAGCAAAUUAGGGAACGAGCCGUUUGGCCAGGAAAACACCAAUAGAAUAUUAAUGUGGAGUAAAUGUAACAAGUGUAAGAGUGUGUCGCCUGUUGUUCCCAUGUCAGAUGACACAUGGUCAUUGUCGUUUGCCAAGUAUUUGGAACUAAGGUUUCAUGGAAGCAUUUACAUCAGGCGGGGAAGUGAUUCUUGUCAACAUUCACUUCAUCACGAUCAUUGUCAAUACUUCAGCAGAAAUAAUAUGCUGGCAAUAUUCAAAUACGCACGAGUAUCUCAAUGGGAAAUAUCUUUACCGCCACCGCUAAUAACAAUCAAUUACGAUCCAAAGCAACACAGCAACGUCAUAGAAGAAAUGAAAAAUGUGGCACUCAAAGGAGACGAGGUCUUUUCUAGCAUUCGGGAUAAGCUUGUUACCUUGGCUAUCGACCCUGAAAGUUUGAAUGCCAUGAAACAGCAGCUAUCGAAAGACCAGCAGUACUUCAAAAAUAAAAUUGAAGAAAUUCAGUUGAAGCUAACAUCACCAACAUUAGAGAAUAAGAAAAUGGAGGGCAGAAAUGCUGAGAAAAUUGUACAGUCAUUGAUGUUUAGGAUUGAAGAUGGUAUUGUGAUUUUAAAAAGGCUAAUAUCCGAGGCAGUUUUUGGCUGGAAUAACAGGAUCCUAGAGAUCACUGCCAAGAAAAAGGAUGAUAAGCAAAGGAGGUUCGCGGAACGAGCAAUGACGACUGGGAGUAGCAAUUUCAUUGAAUCGGAAGGAUUCGUUAUAGAUGAUGCAGCACCUGAGACACAACUUGAGAGUCCAAUGUCAGCUGACUAUAACGCUGUCGAUGCAGUUACCGCAGUUCAAACUGAUUUGCAAAGCGAUUUUGUUGAUAAUUCAGAUAAUGAGGUAGUAGAAAACAGCAAUCCCGAGGACAUUGUAGUGAUUCAUGAAUCCCCUAAAACUCAUCAUAGGUCGUAUUCCGACGUGCUGCCAUUGGCGUCGGACGAUAUACCGGACAAGAAGAAAAAGAAGAAAACAAUAUUAUCACAAUUACUGCCGUCGGUCCCCAUCAUCAACCCUAUACAGUGUCCGUUGGGUUCUCUUGAACAUCAUUUACUUUCAUUAGGGUCAGUCGUACCGAUCGUUGUAUAUGAGUCGGAACCUUCGUCCAUAAUAGCCUACGCACUUGAUUCUCUUGACUAUAAACAUAAACUGCAAGAACUGUUACGAUCUACAAAAGGCUCUGAGUUAAAUCCGAGUCCACUUUACAAGCGGAAAUUCUCCGAUAACAAGGAAAACGCAUCUGAAUUGACACAAUCAAUAGAAUCAAAACGGCCGUCAGUUCUUUCUUUCUUACGUGGCAGCAGUCCCAAUCUUGCCAGUCCAGUUGAAACUGAAAAAAAUUUACUGUCAACAGACAAUUUGCCACAAACUACCGUCGCAACUCUUGAUUGUGAAGAAGACAAAAAAGCACUUAAACAUCAGAAUUAUAUAGAAGUCCAGUUUAAUGACACAACAACGAAUUUCUUCUGCAGAAUUCAUUUCGCUUCACAGUUUGCUGCUUUGAGAGAAAAUGUUUUACUUUGCGGCGAGGAUGGAUUCACCCGGAGUUUGAGUCGAAGCGUUCAGUGGGUUGCUAAAGGUGGAAAGAGCGGCAGUGCAUUUUGCAAGACUAGAGAUGACCGUUUUAUUUUGAAGGAAAUGUCUCGGUUAGAAAUGCAAAUAUUCCUUGACUUUGCACCUAACUAUUUUGCGUACAUGGAAAAAUGUCAGCAAACGAAGCAGCCGACGCUACUUGGAAAAAUUAUUGGAGUAUACAGAGUAUCGUUCAAAAACAAUACUACUAACGCUGCUCUACGAACUAGUUUGUUAGUUAUGGAGAACCUGUUUUAUAACAGAAUUAUUAAGGAUAAAUUCGACCUAAAGGGUUCCGUGAGAAAUAGACUAGUUAAUCCCGAAGAAACAGAUCACGAAGGAGAAAUUGUUUUACUGGAUGAAAACUUGUUGAACAUGAGCUGUGAUUCUCCGUUAUACAUAAGACCUCAUGCCAAGGCAGUACUAAAUAAAGCUAUAGAAAUGGAUACAAAAUUUCUAGCUGAUAAUUCUGUGAUGGACUACUCAUUGCUGGUAGGUUUGGAACCAACCACCGAUGAACUGGUACUAGGGAUUAUUGAUUACAUACGUACUUUUACAUGGGAUAAGAAGCUGGAAACAAUUGUAAAGAGGUCGGGCAUCUUGGGUGGUCAAGGAAAACUGCCAACUAUAGUAUCGCCAGAGGAAUACAGAGCCAGAUUCAUAGCAGCAAUGCAUCGUUACUUUCUACCAGUGCCAGACAGGUGGACGGGAUUAGGUCACGGAGUAGAAUUCUCAUAAAAUAGAUGUAAUCCUAGAACAUAGUUAUAAUCAUGAAUCCGUUUUUAUGGAAAAUCUAUGUUGCUAUCAUUCAGAGAUUGUCUACUGAAUAUUUAGUUUUAUACAAUUAUCAUCAAGUUUCGUAGAGUUUUCUCGGCAUAAGAAUAUCGCGAAAUGGCAUACAAUGAGUCUUGUAAGACAAAACGCAAUAUCUCAAUUAUAUACCUAUUUGAAUUAUCAUCAUUUUACAAUUUAGGAUAACCUUGCUAAUCCGAGCGAAUGUUGACCCAGCCUGGCUCACAUAAUUGAAAAACGUUGAUAACAGGGAACAAAGAAAACAAUACAUUUUUGAGUGAUAACGAGUAAAAAACAUGUAUAUUCGACUAUGAAGAAAACAGACUUAUAAAGAUUAUAAAUAGAAUUAUACACACUAAUUCACGAAAAGAUGUUACAAAAGCAAAGUUAAACUGUCAUAGACGUACGUAUUAGAAGUCCUAAAAAUGCAGAUAUUUUUACUGUCGCAAACCAGACAAGAACUCGAAUGAAGCGGGCUCGAAUAAGCAAGACUUUACUGUUCCACUAGUAAUUGUAAUGCAGAGAGAUUAGUCUUCACAUCAAUUUUUAGCUCAAUUUUUUUUUCAUUGUUAAUGAAAAUGAGCUAGUAUAAGAUACCAAUAAAUAUAAUGCGUAUGUAAUUAUACUUGACAUGAAUCAGUGGCAAAUGAGGUCAUUAUUUUGAGCUUGAUAUUUAUUCAGCAAGAUAAUCCAUAAAUUGAUAAAAUUAUUAGUUAUCAAACUUUCUAUGAAAAAUAAUAUAUAUAAUAUUAUUUGUACGAUCGAUAAGUUGUAUUAUAAAUUAGAUUUUGAUAUCUACUUCAAGUGAGUAAGCGAUAUCAUACUCAAUCGCAUCAUAUUCUAAAUACAUUUAUUGUAAUCAUGUGGUUCUAAUUGGAAGGUGAUGUAAAUUGUAUUAUAUUGUGGUUAUCGUUGUUCCCAAGAAUGAAUUCGACUUUACACUAUAUUAUGUGAUGCAAUCAAUCUCAUCAGUGAAACUAUAAUAUUUCGAUUCAUUUAAAAUUUGUUGUCAUAGUAAAAUUUCAUAAAAAAUUAGUUUUUGCCUGGUUUUAUUCGAUUGUGUUCCACAAGUAUCCAGAUAUUACUUAAGACAAUGCCAAAAAUUGGAAAAACAUUC